AUGAUCUACCCGCGCGCGGAGCCGUACACCCACGCGCCUGCCAGCGUCGUGAUGAGCGUGAGCGCUGGCUCCUCCCGAGGUCUGGAGCAGAGCGUCGGCUCCUCCCGAGGUCUGGAGCAGAGCGUCGGCUCCUCCCGAGGUCUGGAGCAGAGUGUCGGCUCCUCCCGAGGUCUGGAGCAGAGCGUCGGCUCCUCCCGAGGUCUGGAGCAGAAUGUCGGCUCCUCCCGAGGUCUGGAGCAGAGCGUCGGCUCCUCCCGAGGUCUGGAGCAGAAUCUGGGCCGGCGGCAGAAGUUUCCGCGCUCACUGCCGCAGUUCGGCUACUUGCCGCGCCCCGAGCCUCCGCCGCCCACCACGCCGGCCGAGCGGAAGGAGGGCUCGGAGAGUCCGGGCGCGAACGCGGGCGUGAAGUGGAGCCUGCGCUCCAUCAUGAACAAGGACCCGGCCGGCACGCCCGUCUCGUCCAUCUUCGAGGACACGCCGGCGCGCAAGCUGUCGCCGCACGAGUUCCCCAACAGCAGCGAGCCGGCCGGGCCGAGCAGCGCCGAGACGCUGGAUCUGAACGGGCACGGCGACGACAUCUCGAUCGAGGAGCUCGUCUCGCAGGUGGAAAAAUGCGACUCCAUCACACUGUCGGACGGGCCCGUGUCGAUGGAGAUGUCGGAGUCGUCCUCGUCCUCGGAGGACGAGUGCGCGCCGCCGGCCGAGCCGGCCGCCUCGGCCAGCGUGCGCUCCACCACCGGCGGCAAGAGGCCGCGGCCGCGCCUCUCCGCGCUCAGCGAGAGUGACAGCGAGAAGCUGGAGCGCUCCCAAACGAGCGGCGUGCCGGUGCUGCGCUAG